AUGAACGCUGACAGAAGACGAAACAAUGCGCCUAGUGGUGGAACUAGUGCGUCUGUGUUUGCGCGAACGAUUAGAGAACCGCAGUAUCUGGAGAAGUUGAGACCGACAAGGUCAAGAGGCGCGAAUGAGCUUCGCAGGAUCUUUCUCCAAACAUCCAUUAUACCUUCCGCAUCGGGCUCUGCCUACCUUGAGAUACCUUCGUCCUCCCCUACGACCAAAUCGACACUCAUCCCACCGACUUCGUCACUCAAGAUCACUGCUUCUAUCCAAGGCCCAAAGCCUCUCCCCCGCAGCGCGCCAUUCAGUCCAUCGCUCCUUCUCACGACCACGGUCAAGUUCGCCCCGUUCGCAACACGUCAAAGACGAGGCUAUAUUCGGGAUUCGGCAGAGCGCGAUUUGGGUGUUCACCUGGAGACUGCACUACGGGGUGUCAUCAUCGGAGAGAGAUGGCCUAAGAGCGGAGUCGAAGUAGUGGUCACCAUCCUGGAAGGUGACGAGGACGGCUGGUGGGGUGACUCCGCCAGUGAAGGAAACGCAACUGGAAGCGGAUGGGGUCUCUUGAAUGUGUUGGCAGGGUGCAUAACAGUCGCGAGCGCGGCCAUAACAGACGCCGGCAUAGAUUGCGUGGAUGUAGUGUGUGGAGGUGUCGCCGCAAUAACACGGAACCCCAGCUCCACACAACAGCAAGAGCUGGCUAGGAUACUCGACCCCUGUCCAGCAGAGCACAGGGAAGUUGUCGCUGCAUGUGUAGUCGGCUACCUGGCUUCAAGAGACGAGAUCACAGAGAUAUGGAUGAAGGGAGAUGUGGGCUCCGAUCCUGAUGCUUUGAUUGAGGGAGCCACUCACGCGGCUGUGGGCAGUCUCGCGGUGGUCAAAGAGGUCUUGCUAGAAGCGCUCCAAACCAAAUUUCAAGGCCAGAUCGAGGAAAGUGAGAGCGGGCUGAAGAGAAAGACACGGGAUGUGGACAUGACAGGAUGA